CUUCAUGGUGUUGUGGUCGACCUGCCGCACAGCAGUGUUCAAAUCUGUCACCAACAGGUUCAUUAAAAACCUGGCCUGCUCGGGGAUCUGUGCCAGCCUGGCAUGCGUGCCUUUUGACAUUGUCCUCAGUGCCAGCACCCACUGCUGCUGGUGGAGUUACACCAUGCUCUUCUGCAAGGUGGUGAAGUUCUUGCACAAAGUUUUCUGUUCCGUGACAAUCCUCAGCUUUCCCGUCAUUGCUUUGGACAGGUACUACUCGGUCCUAUACCCAUUAGAGAGAAAAAUCUCAGACGCCAAAUCUCGUGAGCUAGUAAUGUACAUCUGGGCCCAUGCGGUGAUCGCCAGCAUUCCUGUGUUUGCUGUGACCAACGUGGCUGACAUUUAUGCCAUGUCCACCUGUACAGAUGUCUGGAACUAUAACCUGGGACACCUGUUGUAUGUCCUGAUCUACAACAUCACCACCGUCAUUGUACCCGUGGCCAUGGUCUUUCUCUUCAUGAUUCUCAUUCGCCGGGCCUUGAGUGCCAGUCAGAAGAAGAAAGUCAUCAUCGCGGCCCUGCGGACCCCCCAGAACACCAUCUCCAUCCCUUACGCCUCUCAGAGGGAAGCUGAGCUGCACGCCAUGCUGCUCUCCAUGGUGACCAUAUUCAUCUUCUGUAGCGUCCCCUACGCGACGCUGGUUGUCUACAGGGCCGUGCUCAAUGUCUCUGAUACAUCGGUCUUCCUGCUGCUCACUGCCAUCUGGCUGCCCAAAGUGUCUCUCCUGGCCAAUCCCGUGCUCUUUCUGACUGUGAAUAAAUCCGUCCGCAAAUGCUUGUUGGGCACCUUGGUUCAGCUUCACCGCCGGUACAGCCGCCGCAAUGUGGUCAGCUCAGGGAGCGGGGUCCCUGAUGGGGCCCUGGAGCCCAGCAUGCGCUCGGGAAGCCAGCUCCUGGAGAUGUUCCACAUUGGGCAGCAGCAGAUCUUCCGAUCCACAGAGGAUGAGGAAGAGAACGAGAUCAAAUCCAUCAGCUCCACUGACUACCAGGUAAAGGAAAUGCCUGCUAACAGCCUGGAGGGAGAGCAAGAACUCCAGUUCGCUAGUCCCCCAGCGCCACCUGGCACGGUGGAUUCUGUGGGUCACGGGGUGCUGGCAAUGCCCGCAGAGGUCGAGGUGGCCCCUGAAAAAUAUUCUCUGCAGUUUGGCUUUGGACCCUUUGAGCUGCCUCCCCAGUGGCUCUCAGAAAACCGAAACAGCAAGAAACGGUUGCUCCCUCCCUUGGGGAACACUCCAGAGGAACUGAUCCAGACCAAGUUGAUUAAGCCUGGCAAGGUGGAGCGGAAGAUCAGCAGAAACAAUAAAGUCAGCAUCUUUCCGAAAGUGGAUUCUUAGCAAGGGCUGGAGCCCUGGCGCUUUGCCUUCUUGAGAUUGUUCAUAUUGUGCGAUCCCAUGGAUUGGCAUUGAAAUCUCUUAUGGUGUAUGUGUGUGCCAGAGACAGAAAUAGGAAAGGGAAACAUAGAACCAAGUAUUAUUAUUAUUUUUUAUAUAUGUCUCUAUGUCACAGAUGUUAAUGAUAAAGUUCACAUUCUACUUUGUGGAAACUACAGAGGUUCCCUCUGACCCUUUAUACAUUUCCCCAGGGCUUCUCAUCCAGGCUCCCAUAUUCACCCUGUAGGUUAGGAACCUAAGAAUAUCACUCAGCUGACUGCUGUCUGAAGGAAAAUCUAAGAUUACUGCAAAAAAUAGAUCAUAAAGACAAAAUAAAAUGUCUCAUGUCCCUGAAUAUCACUUAACCUAUUAAGGCUUUUAAAAAAAAAAAGCUUAUCUAGGUCCUUUACUUCCUAAGCGGUUAAACCAUUUUAAUUGACAUCUCACAAUGAUUUCUUGUUAUUUAUAUUGUAUGGAAAUGUUAUUUAUACUAUAUGGAAAAUGAAGUACCCACUAUCACUGGUAGUGUAAAAAAAUUUUAACACCUAGAAGGUAAGCUUCAUAGAACUAUCCACUAGGUUACAGUAAGUAUUUGAGAAUAUAUGUAGCUGCAAAGUAUCUACUUCCUCCUCUGUAGCUUGUUACAGCAUCAGUAACUGAAAGAGGCAGCUGGAAAGAAAGAGCUGGUCUCAGAACUAUGAAGACCUGAAUUCAAGGCCUUCUGCUGACACACACUGGUUGAGUAAUUCUGGGCAAGUCAUUUGAUCUUUCCAUUUUCUUGGCCACUUACUGAAACUGUAAGGUGCCAACCUGCUUUGGUAGAGGGAGUUUUCUCAUCUGGGAAUUCCUUCUACUCUACUAAGAACAGAUCCAAUCUUUAUCAGUAACUGUCUGUUGUUCAGUUGUGUCCAACACUUUGUGAUCCCAUUUAGGGUUUUCUUGGCAUAAAGUACUUUGCCAUUUCCUUCUCCAGCUCAUUUUACAGAUAAGGAAACAGGCAAACAGGGUUUUAAGUGACUUGUGCAGGAUCAUACAAUUGGCAAAUGCCUAAGACCAGAUUUGAACUCAGGUCUUGUUAACUAUAGACUUGGUACUCUAUCCACUGAAAAGGACAUCCUCAGAAUAAGGACCAAGAGAGACUGAGAAGAAAGGAGAUGUAUCUUGCACACUCUAAUUUUUCUUCUUAUUCCAUUAAGAGAAAAGGGCCAAAUGAAGAUCAGCUGAAGUAAAAAUACAUUGAAAAGAUGUGAAUGGGUUAUCUUUAAAGUUAUUUUUGUAUAGAACAUAUUCCCUUUUGAAAUUAUAUGACAAUUUCUACUCACCUUUAUAUAAACUAAAUUCUCUGGAAAAUCAAUCUGAAAUGAAUGAGAAGCUGAAACAUUCAACAAACAUUUAUUUCCAAGAUUUGCUUCUCUCAGAUGAAUUUCUAGUGUGAGAUUCAAGAUGCAUCCUGGAAGAGGGAGAGCACCUCUUCUAGGGAUGUUUAAAAAGUUCAAAUCCACAUGAAAAAAAAGAGACAUUUCAGGUACCUGAACCCCUACCACCCAAGGCUUCUAGACUCUGGUGAGAUUAAGCGAAGAGGCCCUUCUCAAAUAAAUCCCUUCCUUUUUCUAGUCAGAGAAAUGUCUCAUCAUGAGAGGGCUCAGGCCCUCCUUAGGGACUUCCCUCCCAUCUUUCCUUUCAUUCAAUAUGUUGUCAUAUGUAUCUGGAGUGUGAGUUUUAAGGCAUUAUAUUUUGCAAGACUGCCAUCCUUUACUGUGGGGGGUUAAAACCCUUAUUUUAGUUGUAAGUAAUAGCUCUUUGUUACCUCUCUUUGUUUGUUGUGUUGCCCCUGAUGUGGUUGACCUCUAAAGCACAAAUAGUGACUGUUAUAUACACUCUCAAGGUUUGUAUUUAUAUUCUCUCUGUGCAUGACAGACCCAACAUUUAUAGUUUUUUGCUGGUGUAUUUAAUGUGUUCCUUACAGUGUAGUUUUCAAAAACAUGCAAAGUCAUUACAACUUUGAUUUAAAACAAAAAUCAGAUGGGAGGUUUUGCCUAGUUUACACAAAUUUGCCAAAUGUGGACAUUUCUGUGUUGUUUUGAGAAAAUAUAGGUAUGUUACAAAUUCUGCUGAGGCAGGUUAUGAUGGGCAUAUUUCUUAGAUAAGUCUGAAGUAGACUGAUGACUUCUGACAAAUCAGCGCAGAGUGUAUUUCUAUGACUUAAAGACAAACAUUUUAAUAAAAAUUUAAAAAGCAAUUUAUA